AUGGAACAACGAAGAUGUGUAGUAUUAAAAACUGCUGGGCAUGAUGGUAGUGAAUCAAGGAUAAAAUCGUCAACAGAUGCUUUUCCGUCAGUAAUAGAAAGAAUAAUCGGAUGCACUCCAAAGCAUAAAGUGAAUAUAGUACAAUGUUUUAACAAAGUUUUCAUGUGCAUCCUUGCACUAUGGAUCCUGAAUUGCCCUAGCAAUCAAACUAAUGUUACAGAAAACUGGGAUCAUAGCAGUAACAAUGGGAACACGGGAAUAACGCCAAAGUUAGGGGCUAAUAAGAAGAGAUUUUUAUCACAAGUGGAUGUAUUAAGGAUGACAACAUAUGGCACUAAUUAUUGUAAACCUUGGGAUAAAGCAUGUAGAUACACGGAAGUACCAAAUGUUAGGGUAAAAAUGCCACCACCUGGUGUACCUCUAAAAGGAUCUAAUAAUAUACCCUCAUAUAGAAAUCAUGCACAGGGUCCUCCCAAUAGAUUCCCCCAGGAUAUGGACAAGGUACCUCCUCCUCGGGGUCUUCCCAAUAGAUUCCCCCAGGAUAUGGACAAGGUACCUCCUCCUCGGGGUCUUCCCAAUAGAUUCCCCCAGGAUAUGGACAAGGAUAUGGACAAGGUACCUCCUCCUCGGGGUCUUCCCAAUAGAUUCCCCCAGGAUAUGAACAAGGUACCUCCUCCUCGGGGUCUUCCCAAUGAUAGUCCAAGUAGUUCUGCUAGUGGAUGUGCUGAAAUUUCACCCAGUGUAAAUAAACCAGAAGAGCAUUCAGGUAAAAAUCUUCCACCAUUCCCUGCAAAAAAAUGUGCUCCCAAAAAACAUGCAAUGCUUGAACAUAAUAAAAAGUUUUUGCAACAAAUGCAGGCCAAUAGAAAAUUAGAAUUUAUAAAUCCAAGUUAUCAAAACCUUAAUGAUAUGAGAAAAGAUCGUGAUAAUAACAUAAUACGAAGAAGUCCACCACGUAAUGCAGGAGAAAAUGCUAAGUGUGCUAAUAAUGUGAAAAUACCACAACGGCGUGCACCUCAGCAAAUUAGGGUUCCAGAAGGUCAGACAGGAGAAAAUGAAUUUUGGAGUGAUUUCUCAAAUACAAUUAUGAGUAACAUUAAUGAAGUUGAAAUGGAGCGAAACCCAGUAUUAGAAUUAAUAAAAGAGAACGUUAUAGAUAAUAUUAUUUUAGCAAAUAGAAGAGUAAGAGAAAAUAUUGACAUGAUAGGGGAAAAUAUCGCAAGUACCGUGGACACAUUUGAAAGCGGUGAUUGCCAACCUCCCACAGACUUAAUUAAAGAAAGAUUAUUAGACAAAGUUGGAAGUCUAGAAGCAGAAGAUAUAAAACCUAAAUUUGAAGAAGUAAAAGAUGAUAUUAUUGGAACAGUAACAAGAAAUAUUGAAUGUACGGUAAAACCAACAUUGGACAAUAUAAAAUUAACUGUACUGGACACAUGGGAUGACAUUAAUAAUGAGGUUGUUCAGCCCACAAUUAAUGAUAUAAAAGAUACCAUUAAUAGACAUAUAGGAAACCUUGAAUAUGAUGUGAUGCCAAAAAUUGGAAAAACUAUACAGGAGUGCGUUGCAGAUAAAAUAGUAGACAUUUCAACUGGUAUUGGAAAGACGUCAGAAACCAUAAAAGACACAGUAAUAAGUAAUGUAAAAUCAAUGUAUGAUAAUGUUCCUAUUCCUAAAAAUAUAAAAGAAAUGACUAAUAAAAUAACCCCAGAUCCAAACGUAACCAUGGAACAAAAAUUAAUAAAUUCAGUUAGUAAAUCAACAUUUGGAUUUAACAUUUUUGGGUAUGUUACAAAUCGUUUUAAAAAUUUAGGGAACACAACUAAGGCAAUUGGAAGUUUAUCUAUAUCGUUUGUGUUAGCAAUCGGAGGAGUCGUUGGUCUCAUUUCUGGAACUUAUGCGGCUGGUGGUGCCGUUUUAUUCUUAGCUUUGAUUUUUGCGUAUUAUGCUAUAAUUAAAUUGUUCAAAAACUCAUUUUUAGGCAAGUUGAGAUUAAAAAAAAACAUUUUUUCCAAGAAAAAGUCUAAGGAAAAUAAAAAUGAGGAGAAACGUGUAAAAUAG